AUGCUUGAAGAGAUUUUUCCAGGAAUUGAGCUCACCCGCCUUCAGAAAUCUCGGAUUCAAGCAGCGUGGGCCAAUCUUCAGACAUCGGCAUCAUCCCAGGCACAGCCCUCUUCCGGGAGUUCCGGGCAGCUCCGCCUCGAGGGUCAGGAGCCGCAAACCUUCACGCAGAAGCAGCUCGAAGAGAGGGCAACCGAGCUCGAGAACGGCUACUGCAACCUGGGCUUGGUGCUCGGGGCCACCGAAACCGUUCAGCUCCGCCUCGAGGGUGACGAGCCGCAGGAGGCCUUUUUGGAAAACUUCAAUAUGAAAGGUGAAUCAGCCGUGGUGAUCUUGUUUGAUAUACAAUACUGGCCAGCGCGGACCGCAAAAGCCGCGGAGGUUAUCGGUGAGGCUUCAGUUUGCCCGCGGACUCCGAAAGCGGAUGUCGCUGGAACCGAGAAGGACGCGGAGCCGAAGGUUCCGCAUGGAGAGGUUGUCGCAGAAGUGUCGGGUGAAGUUCCGAUUGAAGAGGUCAAAGAGAGUGGCUUCCACUUGCACAUCUUCAAUGACACUCCGAUGUCCAUGCAGGUGCUUUCGGAAGCAAGCAAACACCUACAUCCUGCGUUUAUCCCUCCGGGUGGGACAGAGAAGUGGGUGCCUCCAUCAGGCAUAGAUCUUCUGGAGGCAUGGGCGCAUGCGAUCAACUCCGAAAAGCUUAACCUGGUGCUGUUCAAAACAAGUUACCUUCUGGAGCUUUCAUCAGGAAAGGUUUACACCACUCUCACGGGAGGCGUGGAAAAGCCGGCGACAGAUCUCCAGGGAAUUCUAGUUUCCUCAACGGUCAGCAGGAUCAAGCACAUUGUUGUCACUCUCAAGCGCCAUUGCGAGCGCUGGAUGUGGUCAGUUCCUGACGAAGUCAAGAUUGAACACAUGACAAUCCCGGGUGUGCUUGACACAAAGCAAAGCGCACAGCAUCAUAAUUUCGACUUCAGGCAUAUGCUGCACACGGGCAUUCGCGCGUUUGACAUCACGCUUAGUUCCCACUUGCGGAGGUUGUUCGUGGACUACAACUCAUGCUUUGGUGAUCUCGAGCCCGACACUAUCAUAGACCGGUGCAUGGAGUUCCUUGCAAAUAACAGCACGGAAUGCAUCAUCCUUCUCGUGAAUAGGUCGAGCCAGGCGGGUGAGACGUUCAACAAGGCUUUCGAUGAGUUUGUCAGAAAAACUGCCGGGAGGACGGGCCUACUCGCGCGACUGCCGCCGCAGGCAUCACAGGCACUAUCCUUGAAAUUGAGUGACGUCCGGGGUAAGGUUGUGCUUCUGCGAUCUUUCUAUCUUGAAAGUCCAUUGGAAGACCUGGGGGCAUACGUCACUGACGAGAUCCAGACUUUGGGAGACAGUGUUGGUGCUCGGUUUGGUGAUGGUGGCCCCUUGUUGAAGCGCAUUCCCCUUUCGCAGCAGCAGGCACAGAGAGAGGCGGCAGUGAACAUGCGCAUGACGGGGCGUGGCUUGAGUGGCAUCAUAUUCAUGCAGCUGCGUCCGGUUGGGGAGGAGCCGGACUUGUUGUGUGCAGUUGGCCUCCUUUUGUGCUUCAACAGCUACCUGAAUCCCGGCACUGCAAUGUGUGGGUGCCGUAUCGGAAACAGUGGACCCAUGAUCCCAUGUGCUUUUGCGACUCGCAGGCCGAAAGGACAGACGUGUCUGCGCGGAGCCGCAUGCGACAAAUGUCACAACUGUGUUCCUAGACACCUUGGAGCGAAGCGGCGUGAGGAGGAGCGACGGCAAGCAGCACGGGCUGUUUUUUUUCAAGGUCCGCCGCGACGGCUGGGGGACGUUACUGACCCCUUGGCACCGGGGGCCAUAACUGCUUUGGCUGGCAAGCGGCUGGCUUUUGUUCGCGCAUUUUUGCCAGCAAUUAUGCGCAGUGAUUUAUGGCCUUUAUGGCAGAUAUACCAGCAUGAACGUGGUGCCAUGCGAGACGAAAUUUGCAAGCAGCGGUCAUGUGUGAGCCGAACUUUUCGGAAUCAACGAAGAAAACGAAGUGUCGACAACUGCUUGAAAUGUGUCGUGGGAAAACAUGUGCAGGAGACAUCGAAGAUACUCUCAAGCCUUACUUUGCGACGGAACAUGGGGGAAAAUCCGAGGAACACAAGCUUACGGACCCAGAGAAGACCUUCGUGA